AUGGAUGAAACGCUGAGUCAGUUCAAAAUUGUAGCAGUCAGUGCGGCGCGAGCCGUUCGAUCGGGCGUACUAUCAAUUAUGAUGGAGUAUUCUGUAAACACUAGGCCACUGCUACAAGAAAGUGAGAGUGAAAGUGAUGGUGAAGAUGGAAUUCUUGAUGUUGACAGAUCAAUUGAACAAGAUGACCACAUUGUUGUAACUAAGGAUAUAAAACCACUUUUUAAAUUGCGGGAACCUUCAGAUAGGUACAACCUGGCGUACAUUAUCUUCUAUCUCCUUGGCAUGACCACAUUGCUGCCAUGGAAUUUUUUUAUUACUGCUGAUGAUUAUUGGAUGUAUAAACUGCGUGAUGUUCAUUCCAAUCAAACUGAUGAUGGAGGCAGCCGCACUGAACUUCAAGCUGGUUUUACUUCCUAUCUGAGUGUUGCUUCAACUGUUCCUAACACACUGUUUCUUGUACUUAACACAAUGCUGAGUCAGAAAAUUCGGCUUGGAGUUCGAAUGAUUGGAUCAUUAGCAGCCAUGCUACUUCUGUUUGUGUUAACUACCGUUCUUGUUCGAGUCAAUACAGAUUCCUGGCAAGAAAUAUUUUUCAUUGUGACACUUACCUCUGUUGUGCUUUUGAAUAUUGCCAGUGCUGUCUUACAAGGUGGACUGUUUGGAAUGGUGGGUCGCUUCCCGUCCCGCUACAUUACUGCUGUUGUGAGUGGCCAGGCAUUGGGAGGCAUCUUUGCAGCCUUGGCUGAGAUUGCUUCCCUGUGUCUUGGUGCUUCUUCCACAAAAAGUGCCUUUGUCUACUUCAUGGUGGCCAAUGGCAUGCUUAUUCUUUCGCUGAUUGCAUACGUGAUAUUAGCCCGUGCUGUAUUCUUCAGAUUCCAUAUGGCUGACAAAGUGGAAAGCACUUCUGUGCAAUAUGAUCCAGCUUUGGGCGAGGAAGAAUGUGCUGUACCAGCACAAUCUGUGUCGUGGUUGGGAGUUUUGGGCAAACCUCGACGGAGUGCGUGGUUGGUUGGUUUGUUGGCUGCCCUGCGUGUUGUGUUUGUGCCUCUUCUGUUGUUAUGUAAUGCUCACCCUAGGCAUCAUUUACCUGUAUUAAUUAAUUCUGAUGUGUAUUAUAUCAUUAUCAUAGUUCUGUUUGCGUUGUCAAACGGUUACCUGGCAAAUCUGACUCUGAUUUGUGUACCCAGGGUUGUGGAUGCAACAGAGCAAGAACUUGCUUCUUCCAUGAUGGCAGCAUUCUUGGGAAUAGGACUUGCUUGUGGUUCAACAUUAAGUCUCUUGAUGGUGCGGGCGCUUUGAAGAGGCUUGACAAAGGUGCUUCCUGCAACUGUAAGAAUGUUGUGUGUUAUGUAUGAUUAUGUCAAGAGUUCACUGGAAGUACCUUUAUCUAAUGAUCUCUUUUGUGAGCUUUGUUCAAAGAAGUUGAAUUUAAAUGUUCUCUGUAUGUUGUACAAGUAUUACGCAUGCUCAAAGAGUUACUUUUAAAUAUGCUUUCAGUAAUGUACAUUAAUGUACAUUUUGAUGUAUAAUUAUCAUUUAAAAUAUGUAGAUUUUAAUUACUUUGUCAUCAAUCUAUCUCUGAUUGCCAUUAAUUGAGAUACAUUAUAAUGCUACAAGACUGGAACUGAGAUUAUUGAUGAAAAUUACUGAAUGUUGUAAAAUUCUUCGUGAACACUUGAAGCAUUGUUUCUGAAGAUGCUGGCAACUGCAUAGAACCCAUUGUUACUGCUCUACUACUUGUUCUGUACAGGCAAACUGCCUUGAACCAUUGUUGGAAUAUAGAGCUGUGAAGUAUAUGUGUGUUGCUCAUUUUGUUACGGGUACUGUGAGAAAUUCAUUACAUCGCGAGUACAUAUGUUUUUGUUAUAGAAAGGUUGUACAGUAAGAGUAGUAUUAUGUAUUAGUUUUACAUAUAUUUUCUAAUUGUACAUUUUAUUUAUAAGAAAGUUAACAGAUGACCAAUGGUGUUAACACUUCGAAGUCAGCCUCUUCAACAUUUUCUAGGACAACUCAAGCAUUUAUUUUUUUUGUCACUACAUUCCAUGUUGAGUAUAAAUAUAUUAUGAAAUUUUACCAUAUCCAGGGAAGAAAAAUCAUCAAGAAUUUUUUUAUGUAAAUGUUCUCUUGAGCAUAAUUUAGACAAUGAAAUGUCAUAAAAUGGUGAACAGAAUAAAAAUUUUAUACGAACCUAUCCUAUUUCACUUAAAACACAGAUUAUUUGUGAUGUACAUUAGAAAAAUUUCUUUCUAAGCAACAAUAAACCUUUUUAAUAUCUGAAAUAUAUUUUUUAAGAGUUUAGAGUAAAAUUUAUAGAGUUUAAUUCUUCUGUUUUGUUAAAAUUUCAAAUGAAAACAUUUCAGAGGGGAAAUUAUUCUAUUCCGUAUUUAUUUUUAAAAUAUUCUAUUUAUUAAUGCAUACUGGAAAGUGUAAUAAUCAAUUAUGCAAUUAUAAUCUGGCAUGAAAAACUCUUAGACAUCAAUUUGUUAUGAUUGUCUGGGAGCUUCAUCUUCAAAGUGUUAAAGAGACAAACUUUCAAUACUAUGGAAAUAUCGUAAACCAAAUGUAAUAUCCAAAAUACUAUUUUUAGGAUGAUACUGAAUUUACCUGAAUAUAAGACUACUCCCUAAUUAUGAAAAGGUUACCUGAACAUUUUUUAAAAUUUAUUUAAAAAAUGUAUUUAUUUAGUCAAAAUAAAAUUGCAAAUUAUCAAGAAAAUUGUCUUGCUGACGACAAAGUUAA